UUGGGCCGUGUUGGAUAAAGAAAGGACCUUUGGUCGUUGCAAAUAAAUAGGCUUGGUUGUUGUUCCCGCCAAUUGUGUUGCAUCAUCGGCGCGAAAUGGCGCUAGAGAAUCACAUAACGAAGGCGGUGAAUGUGCUUCGAAGCAGGAUCUGUGACCCCAAGUUCAUCUUCUCCAACGAUUCUCCAGACAGCAACUACAGCAAACUGAAAUUCAUGAUAUCGAGUUCGGUCACGGAGGCGUGCAAUAACUCUAUUCUUCUUCUCGGUCCCCGUGGCUCCGGCAAGAACGCGGUUUUGGAGCUUGUCAUUCAAGAUUUGCUGCAACAGUAUCCGGACUCGAUUUCAGUGAUCAGGUUAAACGGACUUUUACAUAGUGAUGACAUCUCUGCAUUCAAGGAAAUGGCUAGGCAGUUAUGUAUGGAGCAUCAAUUGUUGUUUUCCAAAGCGGCAUCAUUUGAUGACAACUCCCAAUUUAUGGUGGCCAUGCUAAAGGAAUGUGGAUUGGCACAUAAAACAGUAAUUUUUGUUCUGGAUGAGUUUGACCUCUUUGCUAAGGGAAAACAGCGGUUACUUUAUAGUUUGCUAGAUGCAAUGCAAUCAAUAACAUCACAGGCUGUUGUACUUGGCAUUAGUUGCCGUCUGGAUGCAGAUCAGCUGUUGGAGAAAAGAGUACGAUCUCGUUUUUCACAUAGAAAGCUGUUGUUCUUACCCCCUUCCAUGGAAGAUUCACAGAGCUUACUGGUGCGCAUGCUGACAUUACCAAUUGAUUCAAGCUUCCCACAUGAUUAUGCUGUUGAAUUUAACAAAAACGUCCGAAAUAUUAUAGAAGAUAGAAGGUUCAAAGAAACCCUCAAUAAAUAUUUAAAUAUUGACUCCUCUGUCAAAGAUUUGCUGAGGUUUCUAUUUUGUGCAGUCUCUCAUAUGGAUUUGCAGACUGGGUUCCUGUCUCGGGAGAACUUUGAAGUUGCAUUUUCAAGUAUCCAGAGGCAUCCCAAAUUGGAAUUUUUAAGAAAUUGCUCCGAAUUAGAACUUUAUAUAUUGGUUUGCAUGAAGAGUUUGGAACUUAAAGAGCAAAGUUUAUGCAACUUCAAUUCUGUAAUGAAAGAGUAUAAAAGUGUACAUGAUUCCUUCCAGACUUCUAGAAAUGCUUGCUUAAGGGCAUUUGAACACCUUAUACAUCGUGAAUUGAUAUGUUUCACGGACAAUAGAGGACAGAGUUUGUCUGUUGAAUUUCGUCCUGUAAAGCUUCUAAUUUCACCGGCGGAACUACAUCAGGGCAUAGGAGCCAACAAUUCAUGCCCUCCUAAGCUUAAAAGGUUCAUGGAUCGUGAAGGCAUCAUUUGAGGGACAUGACUUUUGGUGCUUCACUGUAGACUGUAUGUGGUAUGAUUCCAAAUUCUGAUAAGUUCAGCCAGUUUAUGAAUAAAUAAAUGUCUCUUUUGUUUAGUUAAUGCUUUUUCGUAAUUAUGAUUGAUGUACAUGAUAUUUCUUUUUUUUUUUUGUAUUUAUUUCUUCUGAAUAAAAAGAUUUGAAUAUUUGCUAUAGAUUUAAUCCAUUACAUUAAAUCAAUAGAUUACAAACCAUGAAAACAGCCCCCAAAAAAAAGACUUGUGCUUAUCAAAGUAUAGGUGUUACA